AUGGGAAGCUCAACAACGGUGACCACGACGGGUCAACAUCCGACUAUGUUCUAUCCCCAAGGGACGGCAAAGGUCGUCGCGUCUAGCUGCAAGCCCCGUCCUACAAGGGACGGCCGGCCACCUGAGACGGAAAUGCCGACGAUACUUCCACUUUGGAGCCAGACGGCUCCUCGCGACUUUGUGUCGUAUUCCAUGUGCUUCCCCUUCCAAGCCAGCGCUUCGUCGACUGCGCGAGAAGCAGCCCGGGCACACCUUCUACGAUCACUGCACCGGUUGGCUGACACAAGACCCGAGUUUGCUGGAAACCUACGACUCUCGACUGCUCCGGAUCAGCCUGGUUGGCUGGUGUGGCACAAGCACAAAGCAAAGGCCGUGUCCGUCGGUCCCCAUGACCAGCCCGGCGAUGGCAUCUACGCCACCUUUGAGGACAUCUCGGCUACCUUUGAUUACACGUACGAUGAGUUGCGGAAGCGAGGGUUUCCACCUGCAGCAUUUACACACGGUCGUUUCGCGUUGGGCAUCAACGCAAACCCAGCAGACCCUGGUGCCCAACCAAAGAACCCCGCAGGCGUCGGCGGUGCUCCGAAGCGGAAAGGCGUCCCGGUCCUCAUCUUCCGGACCUUUUUCAUCAAGGGGGGACUGCUUCUGCUCUCACACCUCCACCACGCCUUUGGGGACGGCGAGUGCGUUCGAGUUCUUCUCGACUGCCUGGGGGCAGCGACGAGAGAUGUUACAGUCAGGCAUCCACCCGGCUGGACCCUCACCCUGCCGGAUAUAGUGAAGAAUAAGGCCCACGACAGCGCGGGGAGAGGGGUCGGGGCGCUGGCCAAAGACUGUCCCGAGUAUCACUACGUGGCUAACAAGAUGGUCGGUCCGACACAGCCCGUGCUAAGGCAAGGCGGGUUCGACAUGUCAAAGGUUGCGACGGAUGCCAAAGUUUUUGUCUUUACCGAAACCACGCUCUUGAGGCUCAGGGAAAAGCUGAGGCCUCGAAACCGCGUUGGUGAGACGAUCGGACCGAUGCCGUCCAUCUACGUGUGCAUUUCCGCACUGGCAUGGGCUCAUAUUGCGCUCGCCCGACACGAAACGGAAAGUCGAGAAGACGGCGUGGAUGCGACGGCCAAUGCGACGCUCAUGAACCCGGUGAACUGGAUCAAGCGCAUGAAAUCGGUCGAGGAGGCCUCACCGGGCUCGCAAACAAACGUCCGCACCAACGGUGUACCCAACGCAGCCCUCAGCGGCUACAUCACACCACCCGGCGAGCCGCGCAUCAAGGUCGACGAGUACUUUGGCAAUGCCACGACAAAAUGCCUGACCACCGUUCCAUCCCAAAAGCUCCUGGACGCGGCCCGCAACCGCGACCUCGGCGACCUGAGCGACCUGUCAGCGGCCAUACGGCGCAGCAUAUCGGAGGUGGACGGCAGCUACGUCGACGCCCGGACGCGGCUGUACGGCGCCCUGACCGACUACCGCACGCUUGGGCUCGAGGACGACCCGCGGCUGUGGCACGACCUCCAGGUCAACACGUGGCGACCGUUUGGGGGCGACGCCGUCUUUGACAUACCCGGGGUCGGCGGGCCUUGCAAGCCGGAGAGCAUCCGCAAGGCCAUGGUAGGCGGCAGGUGCGAUUACCGCAAUGCCAUCAUCCUACCGGCGGCGGAGGGCUCGACUGACCACGAACUGUUUGUGAGCCUGCCCAAGGUUGCGCUGGAUGCUCUCUGCCGCGACCAAGGGUUCAUGAUGUGGGUCGACAGAGUGGCUGGCUGA